AUUUAUCGAUAUGGAAACAUUGUAAACAUUUUGCGUGAAUGAAUGACACAUAUUCUUGACGGAAUCUGAAACACAAAAUAAAAAAUUAAUGAUGGUGGAUCGUUUGGUAAAUAGUGAGGCAAAUGCAAGAAGAAUUGCUAUGGUGGAGAACUGCUUCGGCAGUUCGGGUCAGCCCUUGGCAGAACAGGGCAGAGUUCUUGUGGGUGAGGGUGUCUUAACCAAAAUGUGCAGGAAGAAACCGAAAGCUCGGCAGUUCUUCCUAUUUAAUGACAUCCUGGUCUACGGAAACAUUGUUAUAAACAAAAAGAAAUGUAACAAGCAACAUGUCAUUCCACUAGAAGAAGUGAAACUGGAGGCUUUGAAGGAUGAUGGACAAUAUCGCAACGGGUGGCUUAUCCGCACGGCGUCCAAGUCGUUCGCUGUGUACGCGGCCACGGCCACGGAGAAGGAGGAGUGGAUGGCGCACAUAGAGAAAUGCAUAGAGGACUUGCUCAGGAAAAGCGGGAAGCAGCCGCCUUCGGAGCACGCGGCAGUGUGGGUGCCCGACAACGAGGCAUCCAUCUGCAUGCACUGCAAGAAGACACAGUUCACUGUCCUCAACAGGAGACACCAUUGUCGCAAAUGCGGGUCGGUGGUGUGCGGGCCGUGCUCGUCGAAGCGCUACGUGCUGCGCGGGCAGAGCGACAAGCCGCUGCGCGUGUGCCUGCAGUGCUACGACGGGCUCACCCGAGAGCGCGCGAGGCCCAACCAGCCCGACCAGCCCGCCGCCACGCCCGUGAAACCGUCGGACAACGCCGGCUCGGGCGGCGACUCCUCUGCCGACGACGAUAGCGACGAUGAUGACGAUCGCGCCGAGGAGAAACAUGAUGAGCCAAAAUUCUAUAGUGAUGGUGAUAAGACUGAAGAGACCAACAACCAUUCGUCCAAGGAUUCCGCCAAGUGAAAAAUGUUAGAGUUAGCUCCGAACUUAUCUUACCAAAACCUUUAACGGCCUUAUACCUAAACAAUUUUUAAGCGAUUUUCGACCUUAUAAUCAAGGUAAAAUGUAUAAUAGUUGUAAACUAUUUUUAAAUUACCAAUGUGACCAUCUUGAAUGUAUCUUUCGUAAAGUUUUGGUGAGAUAGAAGGUUAAAUAAUUAUAUUCAUUGGCGCCCGAAGACCCUGUAAU